AUGAAUAAUUCACUUUCAGAUGAUGAUGAUGUUGUUGUUGUCGUAAAUAAAAGAAUUAAUGAUAAAACUACUAAGGGCCAAAAUGUCCCAGCUGAAGAUGAUUCAGAUGAAGACAUUAAAGUAUUAAAGAGGGGCAAUGAUGCUAAAAAGCAACAAGAUAUAAGUCCUAUUUCUGAUGAUGAUGAUGACGAAGGGAUUAAAUUUGUUAAACCAGUGCGCCCCUCUUCAGCGUCCUCUGCACCUUUACAUUCUUCUUCAGAUAACCAUACUGGUAAACAACCCAAUAAUAAAAAAAAUUCUUCCUCUUCUUCCUCUUCACAUAAAAAAAGAUUAAUGUCAGCAAGGAGAAAUGAAAAAAACAAAAAAAGAAAAAGAAAAAUAAAGGAUAGUUUACAAGGUGCUAAUGGUGGAUAUGCGUGGGAAGAUACUAUUAAAAGACCAUGGGAUAUUGUUGAAGAAGAGGAUGAUUAUGAUGCAAUUUUAGCAGCCAAAAUUGUAGAAUUGAGAAGGAAAAGAACUUCAAUCCAAAUCACUCCGUACCAAAGAGGUAUCAUUAGAACCAUGGUGAUGGCAAUAGAUUAUAGUGAAGUCAUGGCUGAAAAGGAUUUAAGGCCGAACAGAGUAGCAUUAACUAUACAAUAUUUAAUUGAAUUUAUACACGAAUUUUUUGAUCAAAAUCCAAUUUCUCAGUUGGGUGUAAUUACUAUGAAAAAUGGCUUGGCAAAUGUUCUAAGUCCUAUUAGUGGCAAUCCGCAGGAUCAUUUAGAUAUCCUACAUAAUUUUAAGAAAAACCUAGAACCAAAGGGAUAUCCAUCAUUACAAAAUGCCUUGGAGUUAGCAAGAGGUUUGUUAGUUAAUGCUCCUUCCCACAGCACCAGAGAAGUUUUGAUGGUUUUUGGAUCUUUAAGUUCUACUGAUCCGGGCGAUAUCCAUCAAACAAUUAAAUCUUUAGUUCAGGAUAAAGUAAGAGUUAAAAUCAUUGGUUUAACAGCACAAGUAUCAAUCUGCAAAGAAAUUUGUCAACAAACUAAUUACAAUGACACUUCAUUUUACAGUAUUAUACUUAAUGAACAACAUUUUAAAAAUUUAUUUACAGAAGCAGUUACUCCAUUACCCAUGAACAAACUAAACAAAAGUUUCACAUUGGUCAAAAUGGGAUUUCCUACAAGAAUGAUAGAAGAAACGCCAAGUUUUUGUGUAUGCCAUUCCAAAUUAAAUCAUGGUGGUUAUUUUUGUCCCAAUUGCAAGAGUAAAGUUUGUUCUUUACCAAUGGUUUGUCCCUGUUGUGAUCUAAUGUUAAUUUUAUCCACACAUUUGGCCAGAUCAUAUCAUCAUUUAAUGCCGUUACAAACCUUCCAAGAAGUUUCAACAAGCGAAACUUUCCCCACUGUAAAGUGUUUUAGUUGUCAUAAACAAUUUCCAAUUUUCAAAAACAAAAAGACUGGUGAAUUGUUAACUAGUUCCAGAUAUAGAUGUACUGAGUGUAAACGUGAUUUUUGUAUCGAUUGUGAUGUUUUUAUUCAUGAAAUACUACAUAAUUGUCCUGGGUGUGAAUCCAAGACUACAUUAUAA